CCUACCUUCUACCCUCCAAAUAAUCAAGAUAGAACAAAAUAACGAAGGAACAAUUAAAGCAAACUCUCACCUGAAAUCUACCUACACCUACUUAUCCGUCAAGUAAUUGUUGUGACUUUCUCUCCUUUACCCCUCCAACCCAACCUAAUCUUACACACCCACACAAACCUGCAUGCCCACAAAAUUCUUAUACACACGCACUUACAAAACCAACAAUACUUUUCAACUAUCAACAUUGAAUCUUUCACAUCGGAACAGCACGCAAAUAUUCCCGAUGUGUGGUCAGAAGACAUUGUCAUUUGCGAUCCUCUUUCUGUUCGUCAUUGUAUCAAGUAUAUUUGGCGAAAAUUUGAACGCCUCAGUUCCAGAUAUUCCCGAAAAUACCGAGCAAGCUACCGCAGUUAGUGCAACAGUGGAACCUAUACUGCAAACCACAACUGAAAGACAGUACUCUUCUGCUCAGAGCUAUCACGAGAAGCAGCAGGAUGAGUUUCAGACAAACACAACGCCAGACUUUCCACUAUUUCCGAGAAAGGAAGAUUCGCAACAGUUUUGGAACGACCAUCCAGAAUUCAAAGGGGUUCCUGAUUUGCCAGCCAAUUCGACAAAUUAUCCCACGUGGUUGAUUAAGCUGAUGUCUCAAGAUAAAUCAUUAAAGCCCACCAGCAGAGCACACAGUCAAGAUCAGUCGCCAUCAUUUCUUCAAAAUGAUCGAUUUAUCGAUGCUGAUCAACACCAACAAAGCUUCAAUCAUCCCACUGAAAACGGUCGAUUUAUGCAUCUACCUGCACGAGAGUUUCAUGCAAGAAGACAAUGGUUAAGUCAGGAUGACACUAGUAAUGAACAACCAAUAUUUCUAUAUCCCGUACAAAGUAUUCAAACAAAGUUUGUUCAUCCCGUGGAGAUUUUCCCACUCAAUUCCGCUGUUGUUCGAAAUCGGGAUUUAUUGUGGCGUCCAACAGCUGAGAGGGUAGAAAAUACCGAAAGACAAAGAUAUCACAAAGUUUUUGAUCGCUUAAAUUUUAACAGAGAACUUCGAGCGAAACAAUAUUAUCCUGGUAUAGAAAACAAUGGUUUUGAAAGUCUGCAACAAGCAGUAUUCGAAAACAGUGUGGAUCGUAAUUUUCAUGCUUAUCAGAGAAAUAUACCAAUCAUUCUGGCAAAAAGUGGCAAUCUUCAGCUGAAUCCAAAUCCAAAUUUUAGAAAUAAAUUAGUUAUCUUUUCAGUAGAACCUGUGUUGAAAAGAGAUCUUGUUUCGCCACUGCGGCGAACGAAACGUCAAACAAGAGGUAUUUAUAGAAAACCACCACGUCUUCAAGAAUUUGAUGAUGAUAAACCAAAAAACUUUGUGCCAAAACGCAAAUGGCCGGGGAAAGAAAACUCUUUCAGAUUUAAUGAUUUCCAACUUGAGAAUCGAUGGUCUCCAUUUUUCUCGCCCACAAAUUUUGUUGAACGUCAAAAAAUUCCUAUUGUGGUGGUAAAAAUGGACAAAAACGCAUUCCAGUUUAAUAAUAAUGGAAACGAUGAGCACAAAGAAGGAGCAGAAGCGUCAGGAAAUAACCAAAGAGAUGGGGCUGAAAUGACGAGAAGACAAUAUCCAAAUGAAUCGAAUUUCUUGUUUGUUGGCGGUGGACCUUGGAUGCCGGGUCAAUGGUUAACGGCUGACGAACAAUCACAGAAUACGCCCGCCGUCGACUAUUCACGAAGAUUUCACGGAAAUAUUUUCUUCGAAAGAUUUCCUUACUCUCGAAGUAGAAAUAAUAAAGACAUUAUAGGAAAUUCUCCGAAACAACUAAAUCGCCACGAAAUAGUCAACAAUGCUAAAAGCGAUCAUUUGCAUAGAAGCCACCUAAAUAAUGGAAAUAAUAAUUUUUCAUCUCAAAAUUUGAAGAAUGAUAACUUUUCACACAUGGAUUUCUCCCCUAAUAUAGCACCUAGUGAUCGGAGUGGGAAAAUAUUAGCGGUAACAUCGAUAUAUUCUAAAUUCAAUGGAAACUUAAAGGACUCAGUUGAAACUGGAAAUGGUUUUCCUACGGCAUCUAAAAAUGGUGACAGACGAUUCCAAUCUCUCUUGCCACUAUUUCCAAAUUGGUUACUGAAGAAGUUUUCUGAAAAGAAAGUGGCUUCUGCAGCUUCGGAAAAAGGAACAGAUAGCCAAAAUAUCGGACCCAAGGGCGGUGACGUGAAGACAUGCCUCUCCAACUGCUCUUCAGCAGCAAAUUCAAAGACUGAACACUCUCAGAAGGAUAUCACUCGCGAAGACAAAAGUAACCGAACAGAAAAACCUAAAUUGCGGACCAAAGAUGUUCUCCCAGCUUCUUCAUCGGAUAUUUUACAAAAUCGUAAGAAACUUCGAUCGACCAGAAAGAAACGUGAUCUAUCUGAAUUCGAUUUCACGUUGCCUAACCACCACGUUCAGCCCUUUAAUACAGCUGAUAUUGCCGCUAAUACUGUAGAUGCUGUUUCUCAUCAAAUGGCAUUCCAUUCCAAUAAUUUCUUAGCCAGACACGAAGGUUUCAAUCUUGACCACUUCGGGAAAACUUUCAGUUUCCACGAAGGCAAAAUGAAGCAACAACUGCGGAAAGACAUAGCAGAAGUUGAAAAUCAAAGACAUUGGUUCGAAUCUUUCUCUUAUCCAGAUUGGAGAAAAUCAGUUGGGGACGGACUUCUGGACGAGAUUCCUAGAUCAACGAACAACAACUGGAACAUUGGCGGCUUUAGGAACCAUCCUCGAAAGCAUUGGGCAUCAAAGUACUCCAUUCCGGUGGUAACAAUCCCUAGAGCAAAUCCUAACCAGAUAUCGUACACAGCAAGAUAUCGGUACAGGUUCGGUAUCUACCCGGGGUAUACUGAUUACAAACCGAACAUCGACAGCCACAAAGUUUAUUAUGAGUAUGACCCCCACUACCAGACCGCACCGAAUACUUUUCUACCUUUCCGAACCUAUCAGUAAAGCUAUUUAACCUGUAAAUAACACCGUAAGCUCAACAACACUAUGAUUAAUAAUGAUAUAUAUAUAUUCUGUAACGUAUUAUUUAAAACAGCAACGGUGUUUGAUUUUUCAUAUUUCAAUUCUAUUUCGUGAUGAAACGGUUUAUCCAUUACCUUUAAGUUAUGUACGUGUGUGUGU